AUGUCCAUUCGUCUUGUGCUUCUCUUGUUCCUUUUUCUUAAAUAUCUAUCUAUCUAUCUAUCUAUCUAUCUAUCUAUCUUGGUCAUUAUCUAUCUCUGCAGGUCUAUUUAUCUAACUGGGUCAUUAUCUAUCUAUCUAUCUAUCUAUCUAUCUAUCUAUCUAUAUCAUUAUCUAUCUCUGCAGGUCAUUAUCUAUCUAUCUAUCUAUCUAUCUAUCUAUCUAUCUAUCUAUCUAUCUAUCUAUCUAUGUCAUUAUCUCUCUAGGUCAUUAUCUAUCUAUCUAUCUAUCUAUCUAUCUAUCUAUCUAUCUAUCUUGGUCAUUAUCUAUCUAUCUAUCUAUCUAUCUAUCUAUCUAUCUUGGUCAUUAUCUAUCUAUCUAUCUAUCUAUCUAUCUAUCUUGAUCAUUAUCUCUCUAGGUCAUUAUCUAUCUAUCUAUCUAUCUAUCUAUCUAUCUAUCUAUCUAUCUAGGUCAUUAUCUAUCUAUCUAUCUAUCUAUCUAUCUAUGUCAUUAUCUCUCUUGGUCAUUAUCUAUCUAUCUAUCUAUUGUCUGCAACACUCAUGUUUGUUUCUUUCUCUUCCUCUAUUUCUUCUUAGCUCCUAUCUUCUUAUACUUUCUCUCUAUUUCAACUUCCUUUCCUUCUCAAUUUCGGUCUGUUCUUAUUUCUUCCUUCUCUCUCUCUCUCUAUUUCAACCACUUCUUACCGCCUCUUUAUUCCUCUCUUUUCCCACUCUCUCUCUCUCCUCCCUAUUUCAGCUUGUUUCUCUAAUCCUUUCCUACUUUCUUUCGGCCUUACUUUCUCCCUUUUUCUCACUAUCUCAACCUGUUCUCUCUUCCUUUUUAUUUCGACUUGUUCCACUCACACCUCUAUUUCAGCUUAUUCCCCUCUCCUUUCACUCUCACUUUAGGUUUGUCCCUAUUAUUCAUCCCCACUCUCUAUUCCAGUCUGUUUUACCUCCCCAUCCUCUCUCUCUAUUUUCAGCUAGUCACUCUCUCCUCCUUCUCUUUCGCCUAUCGCUUUCUAUUUCAGCUUGUCCCUCUCUCCUUCUCUCGUCUCUAUUUCAGUUUGUUUUUCCCUCCACUUUCAAUUUCAGCCUGUUCUCUCAUCGUCCCCCCUCUCUUUUGAUCUUUUCCUAUCUCCUCUCUUUCUCUUUCUAUUUUUUUCUCUUUAUUUCAACAUCUUCCUUUCUCUCCUUCACUUCUCACGGUCUUUUCUUAUCUUUCUUAUCUCUCUAUUCUUCAGAGUGUAACUAUCACCUAUCUCUCUCCAUUCCUCUCUAUAUAUUCCUACCUAUUCCUAUCACCCGACCCUUCCUCUUUAUUUCAGCAUUGUUCCUUUCUUUCUCUUUCUAG